AUGGCCUCGGGAAGGAGCACGUCGGCCACCUCAGCCAGCUCGGCCUCUUCACCCUCCCCGAGGCCCUCCAGCUCCUCAGCAGGCCCGGCCAGGCCUCGCGGGUCCAAAGCGUCAGGCCCGAGCUGCAAGGGCGUCCCUGCGGGGCCCCACGCCCCCACGAUGCUGUGCAUGGUGGUGGAGGCCCUGGAGACCCUGCAGCUGCGGGAGCAGCGGCACGACCUGUCGGUGACGGCCAUCAAGCGCUACGUCGCGGCGGGCGCCUGCCGCUUCAAGUACCUGCUGCGCCAGGCCCUGGACAGCGGCCUGCGCCGCGGCCUCCUGGUCAGGCCCGUCAACUCCAAGGCCAGGGGAGUCACCGGCAGCUUCAAGUUAGUUCCCGACAGCAAGAAGAAGAAUCAGCCCAGGAAGAAGCCCGGCCGGCUGGCCGAGAGUGCUGGGGAGGCCAAGAAGAAGGGCCCCCCCAAACCAAGCCAAGCACAGGAGCCAGUCAGCACGGGAAAGGUGGAGGGUGUGGCCAGGAAGCCAGGAGAUGAAAGGAAGGCCCCCUCAAAACCAGCAGCAACCAGGGAGAGAGCCCCCCCGGAUGGCAGCCAGGCCAGGGGCAUCCAGGCAGAGCCGGGCGCAGCUGGGAAAGGCCCCCGCAAACCAGACAAGGCCAAGCGGUCCCCUUCCGGAGCCAGCCGGCCCCGCGGGGAGCCCACGGGCAUGGAGGGCAGCAGCCAAGGAGGUGCUGAGUCCCACAGGGAGCCCAAGACUGUGAUUGCGAGUUCAAAACCCACAGCCGGCAAGGUCAAAAAGGCAGUAGCCAUGGUCCCCAGAGGGGCAGCUGCCCCAGGGCCUAGGGAGGGGCCCAAAGCCAAGGAAGACAUCCCUCCAGAGGCCCGAGGCUCCAGGACGGGACUCAAGCCACCGGCCAGGAAGACGGUCGCCCUCAAGGGCCCGGUCAGCUCUGCACUGCCCUCCAAGGCCUCGGCCUCUAAGUUGACCAAAAAGAAAGAGGGCCGUGGCCCAGAGCUAGAAGCUGGGUCCUAGCUCCGUGAGCGGAACUGGGUGCCUGUGAGGUUUUCUGGGCUUUUCCUCCCUCACAAGCCAGCAUUCUGUUUAUUUAUUGUACUCUAUUUAUCAAUAAAGAGUUCUUUA